ACGACUCGUUUUGUCUGAGGCGCUUUUACGAAAUUUGCGUUAAACCCAAAACCCUAACUACAACUUUCUUCCUCGCUCCCUCCUCUCUCUCUUCCUCCCUCUUCAGGAAGUGAAAAUUUUCAUCCAUGACGAAAGAGAAAUUAAAGUCUGUAAUCACAUCUUUCACUCCUGAGGGUGACUUUCUCGCCGUUUUAUCUCCAAAUGGAACUGUCAAAAUCUGGAAUACUGGCAAUGGAAGUUUAUUAGCAGAGUGGAAGCACUCAGAUGACAACCCUGUUAAUUAUUCAUGUAUGGCCUGCAGUUUUGUUGGAAAGAAGCGUAAAAAAGGACGUGGGUCUUUCUUAUUGGCUCUUGGCACAAGUGAUGGAGAUAUCUCGGCCAUUGAUGCUUUCACCAAUGACACAAAGUGGAAAUCUAGCGGAUGUCAUCCAGGUGGAGUCAUUGGUCUUGCUUUUUCCAAUAAAGGCCGUACCCUGCAUAGCAUUGGAACUAAUGGAAUGUCAUCUAAGAUGAAAUCAGAAUCUGGAGAGCUGAUAAUGGAAUUCAAAGCAUCCAAAAAGCCCAUUGCUGCUUUGUCUUUUUCUAUUGACAAGCAAAUUUUAGCGGUAGCUAGCAGUAAGAGUAAGGCACGAGUUCUGAGCCUCGAGAAUGGAAAAGAGCUUCUAAAGUUUCCUGAUGACUUGGGUCCAGAGCUGUAUAUUUCUAUAGCUAAUAAUGCAAAGAGUAUUAUUACAUCCGAUUUUAGGGAGAAAAAUCUUCAGAUAUGGAGAUGUGAUUUGAGUUCCAAAAGUGUAAGUAGUGGUCCUGUUCUUCCUAUGCGACAUACUCCAUUAGCCUUUGAAUGCAAGAGUACUGGUGAAGAAAAAGAAGAUGGUUUGGUUGUCUUAGCUGUAUCAGAGUCGGGUGUAUGCUAUGUUUGGAAUUUGAAUACCAUCUCAGAAGAUGAGGUUAAUCCCACAAAAAUCACAGUAAAGGGUAACAAUACUGAAACAGAGAAGUUGAAGGGUGAAAGUGCCAAGAAGAGUCGCACUUCAAUUUUUGCUGCCAAAUUACAUGAUCUAGAGGAUGACAAACAGAUGACAGCAGUUAUUGCUUAUGGUUCAAUUGAUUCUCCACAGUUUAGCAUAGUCAACAUUAUUAACUCUGGGGAGAACAUUGUUGUCAAUGCUGUAGGUGAGACUGAAACUGCUAGAGAAAAUGGGAUUCUCCCUAGGAAAGAGGUCCAUGAUUUGGAAUCAGAAGCUGCCUCAUCCCAAAAUAAAAAGACAAAGAAGAAACGGGCUGCAUCUGAUAUUGAAGAUGUUGAUACUGUUAAUGGUGAGGCUAUGGAUGGAGUCCUCGUGGAAGAUGAUAAUGAGCCAACCAUGGGUGAGAAACUUGCAAUUUUGAAUUUACAAGAUAUUGAUAAAACCAAGAGCCCUGAGAAACAGGAAUCACCUCCUUUGGCGAAGCCACCAAGUGCAGACUCGGUCAAUGUUGUUCUCAAGCAAGCAUUACAUGCUGAAGAUCGUGCUCUUCUGCUGGAUUGCUUGUACAACCAAGAUGAGAAGGUUAUUGCAAAUUCAAUCUCCCAGCUUAAUCCAUCUGAUGUCCUCAAGCUUUUGCACUCUCUUCUAACCAUAAUUGAUUCGAGGGGAGCAAUCUUGGUGUGUACCCUUCCAUGGCUUAGAAGUUUACUUCUUCAACAUGCAAGUGGAAUUAUGUCCCACGAUUCUUCUUUGCAUGCCUUGAACUCCUUAUAUCAGCUCAUUGAGUCCAGAAGCUCAACUUUCCGAUCAGCUCUUCAACUGUCAAGUUGCUUAGACUUCCUCUAUGCAGGGGUGGUUGAUGAUACAUCUGAAGAAAAUGAAACCGUAAUUCCAGUAAUUUACGAGGACAAGGAUGAAAGUGAUGAACAAGAAUCUGAUGAGGCCAUGGAAACUGAUCAAGAUAGCGAAGAAGAAGAAGAUGAAGAAGAAUUUGGUGGACUUAGUGAUCUUGAAGGAGGUGAUAACAUCGACAUGAGUGAAUAACGUUACGCAAGGCAAUUUUCGUCUUGAUCGCUGAGAACAAUGGGUAGAAUAGAUUUGGAAUUUGAGGUCCUGGGAACGUUCUGCUUUGAGUCAGGGGGACAAGAGUAUUGUUUGAUUCUCUUGUUGCAGAAGAUGGAUUCACUGGAGCACAUAGGGAACGUUAUGGGUAAGCAGAGUAAUGAUUGAGUUUCAAAGACAUGCCUUUUGUUUUCAAAGAGAAGCAUGCAAGAGGCAUGUACUUAUCCAUUUGUCAAACUUUUUACCAUCCUUUGUAAGACAGAACACUGGAUUUUGGUCAUUAUUAAUACACAAAGAAUCCCCAUUAAUUUA